AUGUAUCAUAUCAUAGAAUUUGAUCCAAAACGAUCAACAGAAAUGACAAAAUCAAAUAUUGAACAUUUAACAAUUAAUCAAAUAAAUAUUAACGAUUUGAAACAAUUAAUUUCUUAUACAGCAAAAUUAAAAUAUUUAAAUACUUAUUUAUGCGAUAGACAUCAUGAUAUCACAAUAGAGUUUGAUCAAUUCCCAACAUUGACGCCAAGUUUAGAAUCUCUUAAAUUACAAUUAAAUAGUAAUGUAACAAUGAUUAACUUAGAAUGUUUAUUAAAACAACUGCCAAAAUUAAAACGCUUAGAAUUAAUAGGUCGUCGAAUACAUGAACACUAUUUUUGUGGCGAACGUUGGCAAUGUUUAAUUCAAAUGUUUCUCAAUCAAUUGAUAAAAUUUCUAUUUCUAUUUGACGCUCUAUUUGACACUCGAUUUGAUACUUAA